AUGCAAAAGGCCGUUACCAAACCAGCACCCGUCCAAAUGGAUUUGAUUUUGGCAGCCGAAACGAACCGACCAGCCGGACCUCGGACAGCUGUUCAAAAAGCGGCUACCGAGGAGCGAGACCUUAUAAACCUGCGACUGAUACUCGUCAGCGGCAAGACGAAAGAGUUUCUCUUCAGCCCAUCCGACUCGGCCGGGGACAUAGCACUGACAGUGUUCGAUAAUUGGCCCGAUGACUGGGAAUCGGAGGCAGUGGCGAAGGCGGAGAUCCUAAGACUUAUCUACCAGGGCAGAUUUCUGCACUGCAAUGUGACGCUAGGCGCCCUAGGGUUACCAUUAGGCAAAACAACCGUAAUGCAUUUGGUACCACGUGAUAAUCUGCCCGAGCCAAACUCGCAAGACCAGAGACAGGAUGUCAAGCUGCGUAGCAAGUAUAGGAACAGUGAAUCGCUGCAGCGAGAAAAGGACGAAACGUCGGAUGGCUGA